AUGAGCGCUCCAGAGGAUCCAGUUCUUGCCAAGCCGGCUGAACUUUGCUGUCUGAAAGGUUCCAUCCAUUCGGGAGAGCCGGCAGGCAAUCUCAUGCAAAUUGGAGGCGUGGACACCUACGUGGCCACACCGGACAAGACGAAGUCCAAUGGACAUGUUCUCUUGUUCUUUACAGAUGCCUUUGGCUUGCACAUCAAUAACUUUCUUACAAUGGAUGCGUUUGCCGCUUGCGGGUAUCUGACAUUGGGCGUCGAUUAUUUCGCCGGGGACCCAAUUUGGAAGCAUUCCCAAAACCCGUUGAACGAUCCGACCUUUGACUUCCAGAGUUGGAAGAACAAGCACAUGGACUCCACCGACCGCAUUGCUGCUAAGUGGGUAAAGGACGUCAAAGCAGAGUAUGGAAAUAAUGGGGAAGUCAAGUUUGUUUGCGCCGGGCAUUGCUGGGGGGCGCGGUUUGUGUGUACCCAGCUUUCCAAGGACGGAAUCUGCAGGGCUGGCGCUAUCGCUCACCCGUCGUUCAUGAACGAGAGCCAUGUGUUCGGUAUCGAUGUACAAGCGCCUAUUCUCUUUUCCGUGCCGAACAUAGACGGUCUCUUUAUGCCGGAGCAACGCGCCCGCGCCGUUGAGAUUAUGACGAACGAAAAGAAAAGGUUUAAUAUGCAGAUCUUCUCCGAUGUUGCACAUGGAUUUGCAGCGCAUGCUAAGAGAUACUCCAAGUCGCGGGCAUUUUUGUCCGACCCAUACGAGAAAUGGGCGAAAGAGCAGAGCUUCCAAAGCUUUGUCCAGUGGUUUGAUUUCUGGCUGUCUAUAUCAUAG